AUGGUUGACCUGGACUCACCUCGUGGCCUUGCGUUUCGACGCGCACAAAGUGGCAAUAUUCGCGAUAGAAUAGAGAGAAUCACGCAAGAUCUCAAAGAGAUCAAAAAGUUUUACGCGAUCACAAUCUCUGCGACAAGGAUAAAUCGAUUGCGCAAUUUCCUGAAUGAGGAAUUAAAUGAGCUCGGCAAUCUACCAUUUGAAUUAUACACCCAGGAAGAGAAGGUAGACUAUCUUUUGAUCAAGAAUUACCUGGAGCGCCAGCUACGCGACUUGGCUCUUGAGCAAAAUCGAGAUCAAGAAGCUCUUCGACUCUUCCCAUUCGUGGACACAUUAAUAAGCCUCUGCGAAGAACGGGCUGUCGUUUCUCCAUUGAAGCCGAAGGAGACUGCGCAAAGGCUAUUUGAGGCACAAAAUCAGAUUGAUCAGUUGAGCAAUGAGAUUCAAAAGGACUCGACUCAGUUCAGCUUGAGUAAAACCUCGGCUUUUCGAGCAGCGAACACCGUCGUCUCUUUGCAAGAUCACCUGCGAGAGUGGCAUGGGUUUUACAAAGGGUAUGACCCCUUGUUCGAUUGGUGGGUCUCAGAUCCCUAUAAGGCUCUGAAAUGGAGCCUGGAUCGUGUUAUAAACCUCAUACGUGAGAAGCUGGUUGGCAUAGAUCCAGCCAGUGAGGACACUAUCGUGGGACAACCUAUUGGGCGUGAUGGGUUAUCUGCCGAACUUCAGGCCGAAAUGAUUCCGUAUACUCCCAAAGAGAUUAUCUCAAUAGGCGAGAAGGAGUUUGCUUGGUGUAUCAACGAGAUGGAAAAGGCAUCGAGUAGUUUGGGCUAUGAUGAUUGGCGCCAAGCUCUGGAACAUGUCAAAAACGAUUAUGUCGAGCCGGGACAACAGACACAGCUUGUUUCUGAUCUUGCACAAGAGGCCAUCUCUUUUGUUGAGAAAUACGAUCUCGUGAGUGUGCCACAGAUUGCCAAAGAAACAUGGCAAAUGUUCAUGAUGUCCCCCGAGCGACAGAAAGUGAACCCCUUCUUCCUAGGUGGGACAUCUAUUAUCGUGUCGUAUCCGGUAAGCUCCAUGAAUCAUGAAGCCAAGCUGAUGAGUAUGCGUGGAAACAACAUUCAUUUCUCUCGGGCAACGGUCUUCCAUGAAAUGAUUCCUGGUCAUCAUUUGCAGAUGUAUAUGAACGCAAGGCACAAACCCUAUAGACGUCUGUUUGAUAGCCCUUUCUGGAUUGAAGGGUGGUCUCUAUACUGGGAGUUUCUUCUAUGGGAUGAUGAUCGGUGGAAGAAAACUCCCGAGAACCGUAUUGGAAUGCUUUUCUGGAGGCUUCAUCGCUGUGCUCGAAUUAUCUUCUCCAUUAAGUUCCAUCUUGGUCAGAUGUCUCCCCAGGAAUGCAUUGAUCUUCUUGUGGAUCAAGUCGGCCAUGAGCGAGCAACAGCAGAAGGAGAGGUUCGACGAUCUCUGAAUGGAGAUUAUUCACCGUUAUACCAGGCUGGCUACAUGCUGGGUGCAUUGCAGAUACACGCGUUGCGCAAGGAGAUGGUUGAGACGGGACGAGUGAAGGAAAAAGAAUUCCAUGAUCGGUUCUUGAAGGGGAAUCGUAUGCCUAUUGAAUUGGUGCGAGCCCUGAUGCAGGAUCAGAAGCUUACAACUGAUUUCAAAUCUUCUUGGAGGUUCUACCCUCUUGAUUCUACACAUGUUGGAAACUAG